UCGACGAUACUUACUGUCCAAUAACUCACAGCUGACCGAAUCCCAGAUCUUUCAAUUACAAGAUGAACAAUUUGCCACAUGGUUUAGAACACAUGUUUAUCAAAUGGGAGGUAGUGCUGCUAUUUCACUGUCUUUACUAUGUCUGGGCCCUGAAAGAAAAGUCAAGUGCUAUAAUGGAUAUUUUGUCAAUGGAUAUGUCUUUCAUACUGAAGAAUACGGGCAUGGAAGAAAGACAUACAACAGCGGUGUUUGUAUUAAGGGAUCGACUUCUAGUGAGUUUGAAGUUGACUACUACGGUAGAUUGGAAGAGGUCAUCGAACUGCAAUAUCAUAGCGAACAAAAUAGAGUGUUUUUAUUCAAAUGUUAUUGGUAUGACACAACUGACAGAGGAAUCAGAGUAGAUCCUUACUAUGGUCUCGUUGAAAUCAAUUCAAAAGCUAGACACCGCAACGUAAACGACGUCUUUGUUUUCGCAAAGCAAUGCCAACAAGUUUAUUACACAUACACCCCUUCCUUUAGAAAGGACCGAUCAAGAGUUGAUUGGUUAUCCGUUUUAAAAACAAAACCCAAGGGUCGUGUCGAGGUUGUUCAGGAUGAGAACGAAGACACAAGUGUGAUAGAUGAAGUCUUUCAAGCUAGUGAGUUGGUUGAACCAUACCGAGUUGCUCCGUCGAUUGACUUAGAAGAAAAUUCGAAUUUUCACGUUUUCAACGAUAGUCUUGUUGAUGUUGACGCAGAGGAGUUGAAUGUUGUUCUGAGCUCCACUAGUGGAAAAAAGAAUGUUGUUGAAGAAGAUGAUAACGAAAUUGAAGAGUGCGAUGAAGCUGAUGAUAACAAUUCAAUGGAGGACGAAGAUGAAAAUUCCGACUAACUAAACAUGUUAUAAAGCCUUAUUUUUAUAAUGUAAUAAUUUGAAACAUGAAAUAUUUAUUCUUCUUUAAGGGUCAGCCGUUGUUAUUGUGUUG